AGUCAGUAAGCAGCUGUUUCCAGCUCAGGCGAAGAGGAGUCCUCCAGCUCACAAGUCUUGAAUCUGAGGAGAACCAAAACGCAAUAUCCCUGUUAGACUAUGGAUCCAAGCAAAGAACUGGGUUAUCUCAGAGUGGGAAGUGUGGAAGACAAAGAUCUUACAUCAGAGAUCAAGAGGCAUUCCUGUGAACUCACAGUCGACACAAAAACAGUGAGCAGGAAACUCCAACUCACUAACGGAAACAAGACUGUGACCUAUGUGGGGGGACAUAACCUACAUCAUUUCCACAGACGCGGAUUUCAUUCUCCUCAGCUGCUGUGUAUAAACGGUCUGACUGAUCGACAUUACUGGGAGGUCGAGUGUAGUGGAGAUGUUUACAUAGCAGUCAGUUACAGUGGAAUCAGUAGGAAAGGAAUAACUGGUAACAAUGAGUUUGGAUCAAAUUCUCAGUCCUGGGCACUUGUAGUAAAAACAGGUUCACCCUCUGUGAUUGCGAGGCACGAUAACACAGAAACACCCAUCGUCUCCCACAACAGAUUUACCAGAGUAGCAGUGUAUGUGGAUUAUGCUGCUGGCAUUCUGUCCUUUUUCAGUGUUUCCUCUGACACUCUGAUCCACCUCCACACAUUCAAAACCAGAUUCACUGAUCCUCUUUAUCCCGGAUUUGCAGUCUUUCCUGGUUCCAAAGUUCUGCUACAGAAACGAUGACUGUUGAACUAAGUUCAGUCUAUAUAUGUGUGUGUAUAUAUAUAUAUAUAAAUAUAUAUAUACACACAUUGUGGUAGUGUAGUGGUAGUAGUUUUUUUACUGUAUGUCAGCUGUUGGAUUACUAUUUGCUGUUCAUUAUGUACCAUGUAUUGGUGACUGUAAAUUACAGUGCAUUGCCUUGUAUUUUUAAAAUGGUUUUCUUUGUUACACUGUACCAUUGAUUGAUUAUUUAUAACAUACCUCCUUGCAUGUGGUUUUUUUCCAUACAGUCUAUUUUAAUGAACAUUUUAUAUCACAAGCAUCAUAAAGUGAGUGUCAGUAGUAAGUAAAACCCUAUCAAUAGAA